UCCCGUCAAGUCGUUGGCUACGCAGGCGCAGAAGCAGCUGCACCCGGCCCGUCAGCUCCUGCACAGGAGGAAGCCGCCAUGGAGUCAUACGAUGUGAUCGCUAACCAGCCCGUGGUGAUUGAUAAUGGCUCUGGGGUGAUAAAAGCUGGAUUCGCAGGUGAUCAGAUCCCGAAAUAUUGUUUUCCAAACUAUGUUGGCCGACCUAAGCAUAUUAGAGUCAUGGCGGGUGCCCUGGAAGGAGACUUAUUUAUUGGACCAAAGGCAGAGGAACACAGAGGGCUCCUGUCUAUUCGAUAUCCGAUGGAACACGGGAUUGUCAAAGACUGGAACGACAUGGAACGUAUCUGGCAGUAUGUCUACUCAAAGGAUCAGCUGCAGACCUUUUCUGAAGAGCAUCCCGUUCUGCUCACAGAAGCCCCCUUGAACCCACGGAAAAACCGUGAACGAGCGGCUGAAGUUUUCUUUGAGACGUUCAAUGUUCCAGCUCUGUUCAUCUCCAUGCAAGCCGUCCUCAGCCUGUAUGCAACAGGAAGGACAACAGGAGUUGUGUUGGACUCUGGGGAUGGAGUGACGCACGCUGUCCCUAUCUACGAAGGCUUCGCCAUGCCGCACUCCAUCAUGAGAAUUGACAUUGCUGGCCGAGACGUCUCCCGCUUCCUUCGCCUUUAUCUCAGGAAGGAGGGCUAUGACUUCCACACUUCAGCUGAGUUUGAAAUUGUCAAAACUAUCAAAGAGCGUGCCUGCUACCUGUCCAUAAAUCCACAAAAGGAUGAGACAUUGGAGACAGAGAAGGCUCAGUAUUACUUACCUGAUGGGAGCACUAUUGAGAUUGGUCCGGCCCGAUUCCGAGCCCCUGAGCUGCUGUUCCGACCAGAUCUAAUUGGGGAAGAAUGCGAAGGAAUCCACGAGGUCUUAGUGUUUGCCAUUCAAAAGUCAGACAUGGACCUGAGGCGAACUUUAUUCUCCAACAUUGUGUUGUCUGGCGGAUCCACUCUAUUUAAAGGUUUCGGGGACCGGCUUCUAAGUGAAGUGAAAAAAUUAGCACCAAAAGAUGUAAAAAUAAGGAUAUCUGCUCCUCAAGAACGAUUAUACUCUACAUGGAUUGGUGGAUCCAUUUUGGCCUCUCUGGACACGUUCAAGAAAAUGUGGGUCUCAAAGAAGGAAUACGAAGAAGACGGACCCAGAGCUAUCCACAGGAAAACCUUCUAACGUCAAGGAAGACCAAAUCACGUUAUCUGUCCACUUCAGUUUAAAACUCGCUUUUUGAGUAUGAGAGUGUGGUCGGGAGGUGACUGGGUGUGUAUGAAUGUGUCUGUAUGCGCUCUCCGGCAUGCCAAGAAGGGGUCAUACAAAGGUAAAAGAUCUGACAUGGUAAAGACCAGCAGAGAGCUCCAAGGAGAGGAAAGCCUUUAUCCCAUUCCUAUUUAUGUGUUCCCUUGCGCCAGGGUUCGUAUAAAGGUCCGUCGCGACAGUUCUUUUAUCGCGUUAUAGCCAAUUUAACCCUAACAUAACCGUAUGUGAGAUCUAAACAAAGUGAAGGGGGGUCCAUGUUGGAGUGGAUCGGGAUCUGUUCAGUUUUGACCCCCGCACUUAUACUGCCGCACAGGCCUCCGGAAAUGCAUUUUCUUUGACUCUACAAAGGAAACUGUAACAUGUCAAAUUCGUCUAAACUCCAUGAAUUUUGGAAAAUGUUUCUAUUGCAUGUAAUAAAGAAACUGUAUAGUUAUAUAGUUAGA